GACAAUUCUCUCCCUCUCUCGACCACUGGAGCUGCAGUUCAUGUGUCUCAUUGGUCAUUGUGCACAGGGCACACUCCUCGAUACUCAAACAACAUAUCAGUAAACAGGAGACAAGACAUUGCAGUUGUGUUUCGAUGCGAUGUUUGACAGUGGGUGGGUAUAAGCUAUCAACUGCCAACCAUUCUAAAGGUCCAUAUUUUCCCGUCCUUGUGGACUUCACUCACUGUAUUAUAGUUUCCCUCAUUCUAUGUCUGUACUCUUCGGAGCAUACUCGCUCUCCGAGUUCCGAGUGUGUACGAUAAAUCAGUACUGGCGUGUCCACUCCACCGACAUUCAGAAGCAUGUGCAAUGCUGGCCAAGCUCCGGUUUAACACUUGAAGGGGAGAGUGGAGAGGGGCACGUGUGAGGAUUUGCAUGUCAUGAGUCUAGCAUGAAUGUUCUUAAUCAGUUGCUCGGUACCAUCGAGGCCCAAGUUAGCUUUCUUCUGCUCGGACGUCGUCCUUGGGAGGAACUUUAUGUGCAGUGUCGUCGUGUGGUGAAGUCAAUGCAUUGUGCAUGAUGAUCUGUUUGGCGCUGAGGAUUCUGUAAACUCCGAGCCUUCCAGAUGAUGGACAUGUGCUCGCCUGCCUAAGAAGUCUACAUUUUGUCUUACACCUCGUUUAUCUCACGCCCACAUGCACAUCUGCUGAGCUGCAUGGCACUCGCUGCCGUGCCCUGGGUGCUUCUUUCUCUCUUGCCGUUUGUUCCCUUCUCACCAUCCUCCGCGUAGCAUUACGGUUGCAACAGCAGUUCAUUCACGCAAUUACUGCGUCAUGGAGGCAUCCUCUAGAUAAAUUUCGUCCAAGGCUGCUGAACACUGACGGCUACAGGAGAUGUCGUAGAAAGAAUUCCGCAGUGCUCGUGGCGGCAGUGAGCAAAUUUCUGGAAUUUGGUUCGAAUCGUGUCUCGUCCUGUGCUUCUAACCCUUCGGAAUUUUCAUUCGAGGACCUUAAUUAAUUUGUCUGGAGGAGACAGGUUCGCGGGAAUGCAAGAAUCUGCAAUGCCGGGCGAGAAAAAACCGUCAGUCUCGAAAGUGCCAUCGUUAAUCAAGAGGUGGAGAUCCAGAAACAAGUCUGCUGAGAAUGGUCUGGUGCCAGCAAGCGGUAGCAUUCCCGCAGCAGCUGCGCACAAUGAAUCGGUUGCAGAAGAAUCUCCCGCUUCAGCAACAGCAGCACCAAGAGCAGCGCCGGAAACUUGCACGUCCGGGACGCUGGCAGCUGAUGGUCAGGAGCCUCAUUGUCAUGGAACCCCUGGCAGGAGGCUCACGAUUCUGAGCCUCGAUGGAGGUGGUGUGAGAGGACUUAUCCCGGCAGUGUGCCUCGAGUUUCUCGAGCAGCAGCUUCAGGCCUUCGAUGGAGCUGACGCGAGGAUCGCAGAUUACUUCGAUGUCGUUGCGGGAACUAGCACCGGAGGUCUCAUCGCAACCAUGCUCACAGCGCCUGACGUGAACAAGCGCCCUUUGCUGACAGCAACUCAAGCCAAGCAAUUCUAUCUCGACAAAGCGGCCACGAUAUUUCCCAAACCAGGAAUUUUCUCGAGCGUGACCAGCCUGCUCGGGCCAAAAUACAGCGCCAGCCCAAUGAAGAAAAUUUUGGCCGACACUUUGAAAGACCUGAAAGUAACUGACUCUGUCACGGACUUGUUGAUCACCACGUUCGACACCAAAACUCAGCAACCUGUGUUCUUCGACAAGCAAGUGGCACAGAGAGUCCCCAGGUUCAACGCAACACUGCAAGACCUGUGCUUGGCGACGACGGCCGCACCCACGUUCUUCCCGGCCCAUCAAUUCGACGUACCUGAUCCAGACCAGGGAGAGGGGAAGACUCACCAGUACAACCUGAUUGACGGAGGAGUAACCGCAAACAACCCUGCGGAGGUCGCCAUACUUCACGCCGUGAAAGAUCUCUGCAUCGGCGAUUCGCCACACAGAGGCCGAAUUCCCGAGUUCAAGGGCUACAGGGAUCUGCUGGUCCUGUCCCUCGGCACGGGCUCCAGUAUUGUCAGCUACGACGCCAAGGAAGUAGCCUCUUGGGGAUCGCUGUCUUGGAUCUUGAACGAUGGACAGCAGCCCAUUAUCCAAAUGCUCCAGAACAGCAGUGCUUAUCUGGUUGACUUCGACAUCGCCAUCCGGUUCCAGAUCGAUGAGGUCGAAGAGAAUUACUUGAGACUGCAGACAUCCGGCAUCGUCGGGGACAUGGCGUCUGUUGAUGGAUCGUCGAAGAAGAAUAUGCAGAAUCUAGUCGACCUGUCGAACAAAUUGCUCGACGAAAAAGCGAAGUACCGAAACGCCAUCAACGGAGAAUUGGUGGACAAGACAUACUUGGGAAGCAAUCGAGAUGCUCUAACGACGUUCGCCAAAUGGUUGUCAGAGGAGAAGAAAGCCCGGGCAGAGCUCCCAGCGUCAGUGGAAGAAGCUGCACAAUUGCCCCGAGAUAACGCCACUCCUCUACCGAGCAUUGCCACAACUUUUGUGUGAUACGAACUGUGUGAAAAAUCGAUAAAUUCUCCAAUGGCACAUCUUUCUACAUCUUCCUUGCAGCUUCAGCUCGUUGAUGAACUGCGAGAUGGAAGAGAUUCUGUGUCUCGGAUUGCACGCUCGAAUACUAUGGCUGACGUUACAACACCUGACCCACAACCCAGGCCUGUAGUAGACCUGGAUCCGUCGUACUUACACCAAUUUAAGAGGGAAGAAUCACAGCAGGGCUCGGCCAGCACAACUCCACGAAACUGCAAUUUGAUUUGUACAUCUGCUCCUUACGACCACCUUUACUGCAUACAGUUUCAUUUAGCAGCCGGUCGACUCUGAGACCACUUAAUCGUGACGACAUGCACCUCAGCGUUUGUUUACCUUCUAAAGAGAGGAUUGGAAUUCAUGAGAAAUACUUCUGGCUGGUUCAUUCCAGCUUACAUUUGUAGCUUUGUACAUCUCAUAGUCACACGUGGUCCAAUGCAGCCUUCAUAGUAAGCGCAAGACCAGAUUAUAUUGUGGAUAGAAGGCCCUGUUAAUGCAACUCGCAGUUCAGCUUCAUAAGAUUGUAUCAAUGUCAACGUGCUUUUUAUAUAAGUAGGCGAGUGAACGUGUGUAAUGAAAACUUGGCGUAAGCAGAUCACAGAUAGUUCAGAUGCUUGAGGAGCAGGUGAAAAUAUAAUUACCACUAUCGUUACAGGAGUUAGCCCCAUGUUUUGCUUUCAUUUUAUGGAAGGUUUGAGGGGAAAUAUAAUUGAUUUUUGCUCCAUCAUUU